AUGUUCACCAUGUCUAAAAAUAUGUAUUCAUGGGUAACUUUCGACGAGUCCUUCAAAGUUAUUGAAAUCACACCAGAAUUAUUGCGUGCUUUUAACGAUCAAAGUGAGAGUAUUACCAUCAAAUCUCCUGAACCUGAGGAUUAUCCAGUUUUAUGUACAAACAAUAAUAGUUAUCAGUUGAGGCGAAACAAUCACAGCAAUUGCAUGUUGGUUUGCCAUUCAACUACACAGGGACUGAUAUCCUUUUGUGGUUUGAACUCACAACUUGAAGCAAAACUCGUCCAAGGUAAAAUCCUUACCCAGGGACUUCCAAUUGUCCAUGAGAACGGAGAUUGGCAGGUUACCAGCAAGAAAAUACCAUCCGUUGGAAGUCUAGCAAGGCGGUCACCAAUUUCUGAAGGUGAAUUCUGGCAUAGCUGGCAUGAUUUGAAAGGGUGCGAAAUUGAAGGCCAAGCAGUUAUUCUAUCUGAUUCCUUGGUUUCAGUUAUCUUGCACAACAUUUUAGGGGUAAUUGUGAGAGACAGAAUGGGAAUGAAAAGUCUUGCAUCGAUAGAACUUUACAACACAGUUGACAGAUUGCAGUUUGUGACAAUAGAAAUGAUUGAGACUGUUCUUCUCAAGUUCUCACAAAACUAUGAGGAGCCGUGUACUCUGAAUGAAAGAAAAAUUUCACAAUGGUACGGAAUUAACGUUCUCCGCAACAUUGCAAGAUACAAAUCGAUAAAUGUGGAAGAGUUUUUAAUCGCUUGGAAGUCUGAAUUUCCUGCUUUUUAUGAGGUUGAAAUAGACAUAGAGCAACUGCUUGGGUAUUUUGUACGACCUUCCGCGGGUAAAAUAAGGUACUUGGACAAGAGCAAGCUUUCGAGUGAUGCUGCAACUAGAUUUCAAGAACUGUUCAGACUUCAAUCCGAGUGGAAUCUGAAAGAAAUGACCCCCUAUCUUAAGGAUGUCAACAAUAGAAACUUAAAGUUGGAAAAUUUUGUCAUGAAAUUUGCGAAGCGAAGAAAAGUUGGCGAACAAAUUAUUGUAACGUCACGCUGA